CUACGGAAGAGGGGGAGGAGGUGGCGGCGGCCAUUUUGAGCUGCCGCGGCCAUUGGAGUAGCCCCCCCCUUUCCCCCUUCGCCUUCUGACAGGAAAGGUUUAAGGGGGUCAGAGGCCUGGGAGGCAGGGCCGGGCUCGGGGGCCGCCCCGGGGGCCCGGGCCAUGGAUGUGCGCCGUCUGAAGGUGAACGAACUUCGUGAGGAGCUGCAGCGCCGCGGCCUGGACACUCGCGGCCUCAAGGCCGAGCUUGCUGAGCGGCUGCAGGCGGCGCUGGAGGCCGAGGAGCCCGACGACGAGCGGGAGCUCGAGGCCGACGACGAACCGGGGAGACCCGGGCACAACAACGAGGAGGUCGAGACCGAGGGGGGCUCCGAGCUGGAGGGGACCGCGCAGCCACCGCCGCCCGGGCUGCAGCCGCACCCGGAGCCUGGCGGCUACUCGGGGCCGGACGGACAUUAUGUCAUGGACAAUAUUACCAGGCAGAACCAAUUCUAUGAGACGCAGGUCAUCAAACAGGAGAACGAGUCAGGCUAUGAGAAGAGGCCUCUGGAAGUGGAGCAGCCCCAGGCCUAUCACCCAGCAGUAGAAGUGAAGACAGAGAUGAAGCAGGAAGCACCCACCAGCUUCCUCCCUCCUGAAGCAUCUCAACUGAAGCCAGAAAGGCAGCAAUUCCAGAGUCGCAAGAGGCCUUAUGAAGAAAACCGGGGACGGGGGUACUUCGAGCACCGAGAGGAUAGGAGGGGCCGCUCUCCUCAGCCUCCUGCUGAAGAGGAUGAAGAUGACUUUGAUGACACCCUCGUUGCCAUCGACACAUAUAACUGCGACCUCCACUUCAAGGUGGCCCGAGACCGGAGUAGUGGCUACCCACUCACAAUCGAGGGCUUUGCAUACCUGUGGUCAGGAGCCCGUGCCAGCUAUGGGGUCAGAAGGGGCCGUGUGUGCUUCGAGAUGAAGAUCAAUGAGGAAAUCGCUGUGAAGCACCUUCCAUCCACGGAGCCCGAUCCGCAUGUCGUCCGCAUCGGCUGGUCCCUGGACUCCUGUAGCACCCAGCUAGGCGAAGAGCCUUUCUCCUAUGGCUAUGGAGGCACUGGGAAGAAGUCCACCAGUAGCCGGUUUGAGAACUACGGAGACAAGUUUGCAGAGAAUGAUGUGAUUGGCUGCUUUGCGGACUUCGAAUGUGGAAAUGACGUGGAACUUUCCUUCACCAAGAACGGGAAGUGGAUGGGUAUUGCUUUCCGAAUUCAGAAGGAAGCGUUGGGGGGUCAGGCCCUCUACCCUCAUGUCCUGGUGAAGAAUUGUGCAGUAGAGUUCAACUUCGGGCAGAGGGCAGAGCCCUACUGUUCUGUCCUGCCUGGCUUCACCUUCAUCCAGCAUCUUCCCCUGAGUGAGCGGAUCCGGGGUACUGUCGGACCAAAGACCAAAGCAGAGUGUGAGAUUCUGAUGAUGGUGGGCCUGCCUGCUGCUGGGAAGACCACGUGGGCCAUCAAACAUGCAGCCUCCAACCCCUCCAAGAAGUACAAUAUCCUGGGGACAAAUGCCAUCAUGGAUAAGAUGCGGGUGAUGGGCCUGCGCCGGCAGCGGAAUUACGCUGGCCGCUGGGACGUCCUGAUCCAGCAGGCCACCCAGUGCCUCAACCGCCUCAUCCAGAUCGCCGCCCGCAAGAAACGCAACUACAUCCUAGACCAGACAAACGUUUAUGGGUCAGCGCAGAGACGAAAAAUGAGACCAUUUGAAGGCUUCCAGCGCAAAGCUAUUGUCAUUUGUCCCACUGACGAGGACCUAAAAGACCGAACAAUAAAGCGAACCGACGAGGAAGGGAAAGACGUCCCAGAUCACGCGGUCUUGGAAAUGAAAGCCAACUUCACGUUGCCAGACGCUGGGGACUUCCUGGACGAGGUGCUGUUCAUUGAGCUGCAGAGGGAGGAAGCAGACAAGCUGGUGAGGCAGUACAACGAGGAAGGCCGCAAGGCUGGGCCACCCCCUGAAAAGCGCUUUGACAACCGAGGCAGCGGUGGCUUCCGGGGCCGUGGGGGUGGUGGCAGUUUCCAACGCUACGACAACCGAGGCCCCCCCGGGGGCAACCGAGGAGGCUUCCAGAACCGAGGGGGAGGCAGCGGUGGAGGAGGCAGCUACCGAGGAGGUUUCAACCGCAGCGGAGGUGGUGGCUAUAACCCGAACCGCUGGGGUAACAACAGCCGGGAUAACAACUCCAACAACAGAGGCAGCUACAGCCGCGCUCCCCAGCAGCAGCCACCCCCACAGCAGCCGCCACCGCCACAGCCACCACCGCAGCAACCGCCGCCACCGCCCAGCUACAGCCCUGUUCGGAACCCACCGGGGGCCGGCAGCUACAGCAAGAACAGCAACAUCCCUGGCUCUGGCGCCAGCACCAGCACCCCCGCCGUCAGCAGCUACAGCCCUCCUCAGCCGAGUUACAGCCAGCCACCCUACAACCAGGGAGGUUACAGCCAGGGCUAUACAGCCCCACCACCUCCACCUCCACCUCCACCUGCCUACAACUAUGGGAGCUACGGCGGCUACACCCCAGCACCCUACACCCCACCACCGCCCCCUACCGCACAGACCUACCCUCAGCCGAGCUAUAACCAGUAUCAGCAGUAUGCCCAGCAGUGGAACCAGUACUAUCAGAACCAGGGCCAGUGGCCGCCAUACUACGGGAACUAUGACUACGGGAGCUACACCGGGAACACGCAGGGGGGCACGAGCACUCAGUAGCCAGUGUGCCCCGGAGGCCCCUGCCGCUUCCUCCACCAGCGUCCACCCUGACCCCUCAUCUGCCCCCACCGGGUCCCGUGGUGCUGGGGAAUGGGCCAUCCCAGGGCUGCCUCCCCUCUGAGGGGCUUCUUCCCCCACACAGGGCUGGGCGUUUUUCUCUGGAUUCAAACAGGCAACAAUAAACUUUUAUUUUCUGUUUCUCCCCCCACCUCCCUCCCCCUCCCUCCCCCUCCUUUCCCCGCCUUCUUUUCCUUCUCCUCCUCCUCCUCUUCCCUUCCUCCUUUUUGACUAAAGACCCCUCCUUUCCCUUGGUCACACAGUGAGGCUGAGGGCAGGACCCCUUCCUAUCCACUCAUCCCAACCCUGCUCCAGCCCCUUGGCUUCCCGGACCCUCGGCUUCCCAGACCCUCAUGCAGUUGGUUGUAAAUUCUUCCAGAAGCUGUUUUACUGUCUACUUUUCAGGAUUUAAAAAAAAAAAAAAUCAAAAACUUUUUUAAAAAAAGUUUAAAAAGCAACAUGUGGAGGGAGGAAGCAGUGACAGAUUUUUUUUUUUGUAAUUAUGCUUUUUUUUAAUUUUUAGAAUUUGUCCGUUUUUACUGUGGGUCAGCUGUUGAUAUUUCAUCGGGAUAACCAUUUCCUUGCUGAAUUCAGGCAACCACGGAAGAGCCACACCCUCAAAACAAAACAAAAAACCACAGAAUCAUCUUUAACCUAACUUUUUAUACGAUGUCUCAGUUUCUCAUAACUUUGCACACAAGCUUCUGUGUUGAGUUGUAACUGCUUUUUGUAUUUGGAGAGAGUGUGACUAUUGAACUUGAAACCUUUUAUUCCGGGCGUCUUGGUAGUUUCUGGUGGGAUUAAGUGGGCAAGAGGGGAAAAGGGGAGGUGGGGGGCUUCUUCCUUUCAGAACUCCCACUACCUCCUCUCCAGAGGUCUCCCAGGUGCCACACUUAAAGGUUUAUCCUACAGUGAUCCUCUGAUUAUUUUUAACUUCCCCUUGACCCAUAUGUUUUAACAGGAUUUUAACAAACUGCACUUAUUAAGAAAUGUGUUUGCCCUGUUCUAUUUUGUUUUCUUUCAAUAAAUGGCAUGGCACCUCCUAGCAGGAAGGAAGUGGGGUUAAAACCCUGAAGUGUUACUGCAGUGGCCUUUAAUUGGGGUGGGGCCUUUCCAAGGGGACAUUAUUUACUCAUUCAUUAAACACUUUUUGAGGGA